UCCUGUGCUUCAUUCCGUGUACACACGAAUUACUACGGUUGCCGUCGGCCAGUAGACCUGAACCAGGAGAUCCGCCGUCGCAACGAAAGAACAAUCCCGAAAAAGGAAUUGUGUCCACUUCGUCGCUAGUCACACCUCGACGAAAAAUUCCUCCAACUCUGGAAUUUCGCAUAAUUUUCGCUUCGAAAGCCUCGGGAAGAAUACGAAGAAAAUUUGCAUAUUCGCGUGAGUGAAUCGUGUCACUGUCGUUUUGAAAAUCGGGAGUCGCCGAAAAAUCUCCCCAUAUAUUCUGUGUUUGGUAACCAACGAGUCUAAAAAAGAGUGUGUGAAUCACGACUACGACCAAGACGGCGACGACAACGACGGAAAAAGAGUAGUCGACAUUUUUUUCAAGUUCAAAUUUUCACUUGCGACCGACCGUCUAUUAUAACACCAUCAGUGCUGGGGUAUUAGAUAGCCCAUGUGUAUACAUAUAUAGCCGAAAGUGAGUGAGAGUGAGUGUGAUUUCGUGCGAAUUUUUUGCGGUGUUUCGACUGAAAGCAAGGUAGAGCUUUAGUGCGUGAUUAGAGCAGCUGCCUGGUGGGAACCGUCGAGCGAGAGACUCGUCGCGGUUGGUCCGUGUGUUCAAGGCCUACUUGGAGUGUUGUGUUGCACCUCACAAACAGCAGACGAGCUACCAGGAUCUUUGAACGCCUACUCGCAGUUCUACUGUGUGUACUAUGAUCGUUCUAAAUUCAGACAGAUUGUUUCAUCGUGCGGGACUAGAAGAAGUUUAAUAUGCCGGUGAUAUCAGCAUAUUCGACCAGUGGCAGUAGUUACAUCUCUCCGUCGUCAUACCGCUACAAGUCUAGCCUGACCGAUCGGAGCUAUACCACUAGCACCAGCAGCAGCAGUAUCUAUCGGAGAAGUUCAUACCGCUAUGAUCUACCGAGCUCCUCGUCAAUCUAUUCAUCGUCCUAUCGAACAACAGCAGCAGAUCGCAGAGCAGAAGCAGAUCUAUCGGCUUCACUAUCUACCGUGAGCGUAUCGAAGAAUUCCGGUGACAGCACCUCAAACGGAACAAACACUACAGUUAACAACAAAGACACCACCAGCACCAGUAGACCUAGUCGUUACUCGACAGCCUAUAGUUAUAGUUCACUAAGUUCCGCACCAAAGCGAGACUACAGUUCUCGACUCAGUUCGCGAUCGUCUGACACGCGGUUCAAGGACAGGGACAACAAUUGCCUGUGUUCAGGAUCCUCCAGUUACGUCUCGAAUCUGCGAAGCACUGCGCUUAGCGGAGCAGAACUCUACCAGAAGUACAGCGUCUCGACCUACAAGCCGAACAGUUUCGAGCGGAUAAUCGCCUCGAGGUCACCGUCGGAAACUCCGAAGCCAAGUAGUAUCCUGAAGAGCACUUCGCCUUCGUCGUCGGCGGACACUAGCAAGGUAAAGAACAUUCCCGGUAAAGAUAGAAACAGUAAUUUUGACGCAGUUGUCGUCGCCGCCAACAAUAAUAACAAUUGCCCUACUAACACUAACCAUGGCACCACCAGUGUUGCUAAUAAUCCACUACUAGAAACUAACAGCAAGCUUACGGCGGCUAACAAUACCGGCGCCAAACCGGCUAGCGCAGCAUGCUUUCUCAGUGUCCGUUCCGACAACUCCACUAGUUGCAAUAGCGCUACUGCUACCACAGUUACAACUUCCACCACCACCACCACUACAAUUACUACCACUACCUCCUCUACUACAUCCGUUCUACUGUCAUCAUCGUCAUCAUCUUCGGUGCUGCACGAUACGACCACAACUACCACCACCGCUACCAGCAAUGCGACGCUCGAUGCUGCUACACGCCUGUGCAGGCCCGUGGCGGCCCCAGCAACUCAAUUUCGGUCUACGCUGAGCAAACUACGGCCCCAUAGGCCUCCUCUACCGAAAAGUGCAUUAAACUGCAGCUCCAGCGACCUAUCACCAUCCGGUAGACGCAAGGAGCUACUCGGUCUCUCCAGUUACCGCAAUCAUAACUUUCUCAAGCACGAGUGUGAUCUGGUGAAGCGAGAACUCAGCAAAAGUGCCACGGAAAUUGCCUUCAAGAACGGUUCGACCGGCACCAAACCACUUGAGAUCGGUUCUGCAAGUAACUUGCUGGAAGCGCCCGCCAAAUUGGACGUGACCAAGGUUAAACAAUUUCUGCCGCCCGUACCGACGACCCCAAAAACCGGUCACCAGCCCAAAGAUCAUGAGGAUGAUGACAAAAACCAUCUCCAUCACCACAUUCACCAACGGUAUCAAAACAGCAACAACAACUACAACAACAACAACAACAACCAAUCAACCGGCAUCUCAUCAUCACCAUCGCCAUCUAGCGCAGUGCAGUUUGGUGUCGAACUACUAAAACCAAUAGAUAGGCCUACCACGACCACCAUUCUCGAUUGUACUCAAAAAAAUGAUAAUUCUCUUUUCAAACCAUCUCCAUCAUCGUCCACGACCACGAAAACAACUACAACUUCAACAACAUCACCUCCGUCAACUGCAACUACAGAGUCGCUAACAACUGCUUCCUCUCGUUCAUCAACUUGUACCGUAAACCGUACUUAUACUACCAAUUCUCGUUCUGCCAUCGCCUGCGCCACCGCCGACACGAUGAAAUCGCUGCACUACACGUCUGAAAUCGAGGAACCGGUCGCGCAGGUGACUAUCAAGCUGCGGCCGGCGUUGAACGGAACGAACGGUCUCGCGAACGGCGGCGGAGCCCCGGUUCUCGCCACCGCUUCGACCACCACGGACGACAUCCACGAUGGCGACAACCACGUGUCGACUACCAUACGAAUCAAACCAAAGUCUAGCAUAAGUCACAGCACAAGUAGCAGUAGCAGUAACAGCACCAAUGGCAGCACUACCAGCAUCAACAACAACAACAACAACAACAAUGCAAACGACGGUAACAGCAGCAGCGACGAUCACGAGAUCCCCAACGGCAGCAGUAGCAGGUACGGCAGCAACCUGAACAACAACAACAACAAUGGCAUUGCGGUCAACGGCAGGGAAGAGAAGAAGCAGAAUGAUAGACGCAUCAACGGUAGCAGCAGUGGCAGCAGCAGCAGCGACGACAACGAAGUUGACAGUGAAGAAUCGCCAGCCGUCGCUAGCGCCAAUUCGGUAGACAAAGAGCCGAAAACCAAUGACGAUGAUAGAGUCUCUUAUCUUCGUACGGGCACGGCAUCCAAGAGCAUCCACUCGACCAGUCCGGUCGGUUAUCGAAGCCGGGACUACGACUCGGGCAUCAGCAGCUACCGUUCCGGGUUAGGCAGUUCCUCGUCAGUACAAAAAUCCAGCUAUGAUCGAACGAAUGACGACUCUAACGAUACGCUUACGCGGAGUAGUGGCAGUCGGAAAGAAGGACUUUGCGGCCUGUGGAACAUAGGCAACACGUGCUUCAUGAACUCGAUAAUACAGUGCCUCAGCCAUACCAGGGAGCUAACAAGCUACCUACGCCAGCAAUCAACCACGGAGCGAGGAACGAGCAAGGAUCACAAGAUUCUUGCCGAAUACACCAAGCUGAUCAAAGACAUGUGGAGCGGAACGACCCGUAGUGUUAACCCGUCGGAGAUGAAGUAUGCCUUCUCCAGCAAGCACCGGAUGUACUCCGGAUCGGCCCAGCAGGACGCGCAGGAAUUCCUGCGGUUCUUCAUCGAUUCGCUGCACGGUGCGUUGAACAUUUCCGUCAAGCGGGAGCCCAUUGAUCGAUCGAUCGAAGACGACGAUAUGAAAAAUAGCGUCAAGGCCAAAAUGAUGUGGGACUGGUACUCGAGGGUGGAGAAUUCCAUGAUCAAGGACCUGUUUGUAGGGCUGCUGCGGAGCACGCUCAAGUGUACGUACUGCAAUGGCGCAAGCGUGACUUUCGAUCCAUUCUGGGAUCUUAGUUUACCCCUUCCAUCAACCAACUCCCGGUGCAAACUGGAUGAAUGCAUGGACAUGUUCGUCAAGGAGGAAGUCAUGGACGGAAUCGAUCAACCGACGUGCUCCCGGUGCAAAACCCGGCGGAAGUGCACCAAGAGCCUUGCGAUCGAACGGUUCCCCAAAUACCUGGUGAUACAUCUCAAGCGAUUCUCCGAGACGCGAUGGAGCAACAAGCUAACCAAUGUGAUCGACUUCCCGACCGGAGAGCGUGGACUCAACCUGCAGUCGUACGCUUCCGAAGACAACAAAGGACCGGUAUACUACUCGCUGUACGGGAUUUCGAACCACAUGGGAUCCACCGCUGGCGGUCACUACGUUGCCGUAUGCAAGCAUCCGGUCUCGAAAGAAUGGAACGAAUUCAAUGAUAACUUUGUGAGCGAAACGUCUGAGAGGAGUUUGAUCACAUCCAGUGCCUACGUAUUGUUCUACGAGCGAUCGUGAAGAAACUUACCUAGAAAUUGAAUAAAGAAAAAGCAGCAUGAUUAUGAAAGAGACACUUGCAAGAAACAAACAAAAAAAAAACAAUAACGCAAACAAACAAACAAACAGAAACAGAAAACAAUAUUAACAAUUGAAACAACAGUUAGAUUUAAGAUUGUUAGGAGCCUACUCUUGCGAAAAGACGCAUAAGUUUUAAAACUAAUACAGAAUUAACUGGCCGAAAAAACGAGAAAGAGCUAUAGACAGAGAAGAAACUAGAUUUGUAAUAUUUAUUUUCCUAUUUAUUGAAAGCAAACGCAAAGAAAACUAAUAUUUAUACAUGCAUAGAGAGUAACUAAAUGCCUAAUCCGAAUUUUUAGUUUUUUUUUUUUUUUAUUGUUGACGACCUGGUUCAUUUCCCGGGAAAUUUUUUUGUUUGAUUUUAUUUACACACACCCAAAAAUAGUCUCCGGUAGAGAAAAAAACGGAAUUCUUUAUGAGUUUGUUAUUAAUUGUAGCUUCCCCAAAACCAUAAACCAAACCCCACUAGCCUAAAGUAAUCUCAAAGAAAUGAAUACCAAACCCAAGUGAACGAAAAGAAUCUAGAUCAAUUAGAGUCAAGUUGUUACAAAAAAAUAUGAUAACUCAAGAACGAAAGCGACAACACUUGCGCGAGAAAAACUGAUAAGCCGUUCCAAGUACUAGUAGUUUCAAGCUCUAAGAGAAUGCAAAGGUACACAAACUGGAACGAGUUCCAGGUGUCUCUGAUGUCCCAGAUUAACCAUUGUUGCGUUGUGUUGAAAAUUAAUAAAAAAAAAAAGUCAAAUUACUUAA